AUGGAUUCUAAUAUUGAUUUGAAUAUUCCAAUUCUAAAUUCUGAGAGUGAAACUUUGUUCGAUCUAAACGAAAUUCCACCGACUGAAGAACAUCCAARUAAUGGCCAUGAAGCUUUUUCGAUUGAUCAUAAUCCAGAUACAUCUCAAGAAGAGAUAACUCCACAAAAAGUUAGAAGAAAUCUAUCUAAUGCCAAGAGAUGGGAGAUUUUCUAUGCUUUGCUAGAAAKGAGCAGUAACGGAACUCUGAAGAAUUAUCAUACAAGAGAAGUUGCGGAUAUGUUUUCGGUGUCUUUACAAGUGGUACAAAAAAUCUGGCGACAAGCAAAAGAAACAGCUAGCAAUGGAAAAGUCGAUGUAUCACAUAGAAGAACCGDAAAUUGUGGUCGGAAAAAAAUCCCACUUGAUUUGGAAAAAGUUGCUGGUAUYCCGUUACACAAGCGAACAACUUUGAGGACGUUUUCCGUCGCUGUAGACAUGAGUCUUGKAAYAGUACAUAGGCGCUUGCAAGAAGGAGCUAUACRAUGUCAUUCCAACGCCAUCAAACCACUUUUGAAGGAAGCAAAUAUGAAAGGUAGACUACAAUUUUGCAUUUCUAUGCUAGAUAAGAAUACUUUACCUCAUGAACCAAAAUUUGUUGAUAUGUACAAUAUUGUGCAUAUCGAUGAAAAGUGGUUUUAUAUGACGAAGAAGACCGAGAAAUAUUAUCUGCUUCCGAUUGAAGAUGAUCCACAUCGUACAUGUCAAAGCAAGAAUUACAUUGGGAAAGUAAUGUUUCUAGCUGCGAUGGCUCGUCCAAGAUUUGAUGAUGAAGGAAAAGAAGUAUUUUCUGGAAAGAUUGGGAUAUUUCCUUUUGUUACUAUGCAACCAGCUAAGAGACGAAGUAAGAAUAGAGCUGCCGGAACUUUAGAAGUAAAAGCAUCAACUUCUGUUAAGAGAGAAGAUAUAAAAGCAUGUUUGAUCGAAAAAGUUCUUCCGGCAAUCCGUGAAAAGUGGCCAAGAGAAGAUUGGGGAAAGACUAUUUUUAUUCAACAAGACAAUGCAAGAACACAUGUCGAAGCUUCGGACAAAGAUUUUCAAGAAGCAGCGUCRAAAGAUGGCUUUCAUAUUCAAUUGAUGUCACAACCGCCAAACUCGCCGGAUCUAAACAUUUUGGAUCUUGGAUUUUUUAAUGCCAUUCAAUCGCUCCAACAUAAGGCAUGUCCUAAAACGGUAGAAGAYCUUAUUCGUGCGGUGGAAGAAUCGUUUGAAAUUUAUCCKACGGAAAARGUAAACCAUAUUUUUUUGACUCUUCAAUCAUGUAUGCUAGAGAUCAUGAAAGUUGGAGGAUCAAACAAGUACAAAAUACCACAUACGAAGAAGCAUACAUUGGAAAGAAUUGGUCUSCUUCCGAAACAACUAAGUUGUGAUGCUACGUUGCUCGAACAUGUGUUGAACGUUUUUAGAUCGUCAUAG